AUGCGCCAAGUCAUCCCAAGGACGCCACCAAGCCCGGGCCCCCCCACGACACCCCCGGAGUCACCCGCACCUGCAUCCGCACCCCCAACUCCCUCUAUGGCACCUCCGACCCCGCAGCCAGCCACAACACCCAAGCCAACACCCUCCAAAACACCGCACACCCCCACUACCACCCCUACCACCACCCCCACCACAGCACCCAGCACACCCCACCUCCUCCUCUGGUGGAUCCUCGGCCUCAUCCUCUUCACCACCAUCCAGUCCCGCACCACCGACACGCCCCUCCCCCACACCAUAGCCUACACCACCCUCUUCUUCACCGUCUUUGGCGCCGCCGCAACGGUGGUCGUGCGCGCGGGCGGCAGGGCGACCGAUGUGUUGCUGCUGCUGGCGGUCAUGGUUGGGACUGUGCAGCUGUGGGCGGGGACAUUGGGCGCUGGGACUGCGGGGACUGCGGGGACUGUGGGGACGGGGUUGGCGGGGGCUGAGGCGGUGGGCGAGGGGGCGGCGAGGUUUACUGCUGGGUACGCGAACCUGGCGUCCACAAACCGAGAAUGUAAGAGGCGCUUCUAG